AAACAAAAAGGGCACAACUUUCAAAUUUGAACAUUUGAAUCCCCUGCCUUUUGAGCUUCCGCAGCUAACGGUCACCAAAAGCCCCUUCCUCUCUCCCUCUUCCCCACUCCUCCUCUCCCCCUUCCCUGUUCACUGUUGAACAAUGUCCCCCUCUCUAUCCUACGAAGAUCUCCGCAACAAGAAGCUCCAGGAGAACAAGAGGAAGCUCGAGGAGCUCAAACUGAGCCACCUCUCCGUCGCCCUCCGCGACGCCUCCUCCCCCAAACCCUCCCCGUCGAAGUCGGUGAAGCGGAAGGCCCUGCAGGAGCAGCGGUUGGUCGCGGUGAGGCGGUCGGUGCGCGUCGCCAACUUGCCGGAGCCGCCAACGUAUCGGGAGCUUGGAUGGGACGCAGCGGAAAGGUCUAGAAGGAGUUAUAGGCCUUGUAAGAGGAGAGAUUUGUCGAAUCGGGUGUAUGCUUCGGAUGAAGAAAGGAUGUAUGCUGAAACAAGAGCCGAAGAAGUUGAAGCAGAACUUGGUUCUGAGUUUCCUACUUUUGUUAAGCCCAUGCUGCAAUCCCAUGUCACCGGAGGAUUUUGGCUGGGCCUUUCCAAACAAUUUUGCAACAAAUACCUACCAAAGCGAGAUUCCACCAUCACUUUAGUUGAUGAAGAGGACGAGGAAUUCGACACUGUGUACCUUGCCAAUAAGAGAGGCUUGAGUGGUGGAUGGAGAGGCUUCUCUCUACAUCAUGAGUUGGUCGAUGGAGAUGCUUUGGUUUUCCAGUUGAUUGAACCCGCAAGGUUUAAGGUACAUAUAAUUAGAGCGAGUGGUUAUCAUGAUCAGUAAUGCUGCUGUAGCCAUACAAUUACUAAUGCAGCAGGUAAUCUAACUUUUGAUUAACUUCAUGGACCGUAUUCUGAAGUCUGAAGUCGAUUAGUUCCAUUUUCUGUAAAUAGAGUGAGAAAAGCGAUUUACAGAACUGUUCGAGUUUAAAUGUUCUAUUCUAUUUAUCUGGUUUUUGGUUGAAACAAAUUCAAUUAGUCGCGUCCUAUGAACAGCAGUUAAAAUAUAC